GGCGCGAGAGCGGGGACUUGGAUAUACCGCGAGUGAUUGUGUUGUUACAGUAAUAUGUUCAAUAGAAGGAGGAAACAUGGAUUACCUCUACCUGGCUUGUAAAGAAUGUACCAGGAGGGUGCAUGGACGAUAAAAUGGGGUCUCCUGAGACGAUGGUGGAAAUAAAUUCUAGAGCAGCUAAGGAAGAUCUAACGCAGAAUGAGGUUAUAACAGGCGAGAGGGUGGAGGCGGCGAUUCCCGAAGACGAGAGAGUGCCAGGGGAUGGCGCAAGCUGUACGGUUCCUGAGGAUCUGCCGCGCGCCAGCGACGACGACGGGUCCACCAACAGCGCGCGACACAGCCUCCAGCCCCUUCGCGAGAACGAACCAGUGGCCUCGGAGAGCAUGCUGCGGACGGGGCGGUACUACAAGGGCAUCUACUGGCCGUCAAUUAGGAACAGCUUUAAGGAUGAAACAGUGGAGAUAUCGUACCAGAGGUACUCCAGAAGACAAAGACAGAAGUCUUUGAUCAUGGUCAACGUUGUAGAUUUAGCACUUAAGAUAUGUUUAUCACUAAUAUACACGCUAUCUAAUCGACACAACAAUACGACGACGGCGACGGCAGACGAGUACCAGAUCGCGUGGACGGCGGCGUUCGUAUUCCUCAACAUCAGCAUGUGCCUGCUGGGCGCGUGGCGCUGCUUCGCCAACAACUACCUGCACUGGGCCGCCGCCGCCACCUGGAUUCUGCUCAUAGCGCAAGGUCUAAGCGGGCAGGGCAUAGGCUUCCAGGCACCAGAGAACCAGGUGUGGUACAUGCUGUUUAUCAUCUUCGUGCCGUACGCCAUGCUACCGCUGUCGCUCGGCUGGUGCAUCGUCAUCGGACUACUGUCGUCCUUCUCGCACAUACUGGCCACUAGCGUCAACAUGGACGAGAACUCCAAUUACUGGGAGGGCAAGUCGUGCCGCGGGCGCAUCAUCAUCAGUAACACGCUGCUGUACACGGCCGUGAACUUCGCUGGCAUGUACACCAAGUACCUGACGGACUGGGGACAGAGAAAGGCGUUCCUGGAGACGCACAGGUCGAUGGUGACUAGACAGAGGACUAAAAGGGAGAGCGAUAGGCAGUGGAAGCUGUUUCAGAGUGUAAUCCCGGACUUCCUGGCGACGGAGAUCUCUCGUCACGUGUCGCGCGUGCGGGGCGAGUUCCAGGAGCAGCAGUUCAACAACCUCUACAUACAGCGACACGAACACGUCUCCAUACUCUACGCCGACAUCAAAGGCUUCACAGAGCUUUCGGAUAAGUGCAACGCAGAGGAACUAGUGAAGCUUCUGAAUGCAUUGUUCGCGCGCUUCGAUACACUGGCUGCACGCAACAACUGCCUGCGCAUCAAGCUGCUGGGCGACUGCUACUUCUGUGUAUGCGGGCUGCCGGAGCCGCGCCCCGACCACGCCGACUGCUGCGUCCGCAUGGGCCUCCACAUGAUCCGCGCCAUAAGGGACGUCAAGUAUAAUAGCCAGGUGGACCUGGACAUGCGCAUCGGCAUCCACAGCGGCACGGUGCUGUGCGGCGUGCUGGGGCUGCUCAAGUGGCAGUUCGACCUGUGGUCGCACGACGUCACCCUCGCCAACCACAUCGAGAGCGGCGGCCUACCUGGGCGAGUCCACAUAUCAUCAGCCACUAAGGAGUGUCUGAACGGCGCGUUCGAGGUGGAGCCGGGCGAGGGUCAAAGCCGCGACCCCUACCUGCGAGAGCUCGACGUCACUACAUACCUCAUCAAGACGACGGAACAUCUCCCACCCACAAGAGAUAAGACUAAAGUAUGUGAGCCUGAGCCGGCUAAGAACGGCUCAGCUCGUGGCAGCGGCGCCGGCGACGAGGAGACCAUCACCGACGACGAACCUACCGAGAUGCCCUUCCAACAUUAUUUCCAGAACAGAGGUAUAGGGGCGUCUCGCAACCGCUGCCACAACAAGCAAGAAGACGUCGAGGCGGGCCAGGAGAUCGAAAUCACUUCGAUGUCAGAGGAGGACGACAUAAUCAACCACUCGAUCGAGGUGAGCAGCAACACUCGUAUGCGCGUGGAGCACAUGCACCCGUGGUCGCUGUACUUCCGCCGGCGCUCGCUGGACGCCAGCUUCCAGCGGCUGGACGAGCGCACCUUCAAGUCCAACGUCAUGUGCUGUCUCGUCAUCUGGGUGUUCCUUGUGGCUGUACAGUGCAUCGUACACUACAACUGCACCUACCUGGUGGUGGUGCUGGGUGCGGUGACAGCACUACUGGCUGGCGCGUUCAUAGCAGCGGUGGCGGAGGAGUGCGCGCGCUCCCCCCUCGCCCGCCUCUCCGCCGCGCUCAGCCGCGAGCGACUCCGCCGCAACAUGUACAUGGGGUUAUACGUCACCGUCAUGUCUAUCGCCAGCACCACCAAGCUCUACAUCUGUCCGAUAUCGUUUCCGAACCUGGGUCCGGUGAACUCCACCAACGAGACCCUGGACAUAGAGUUGGACCCCCGCGAGUGCUACAAGCCGGAGUACGUGGUGUUCACGUGGAUCCUCUGCCUCAUAGCCCUCACCUCCAUCCUCAAGCUGGGCUACAUCAUCAAGACGUUCCUGGCGAUCGCCAACGUGCUCAUGUACUCGGUGCUACUGCUCGUCUACUAUAACGUCGAUUACUUCGGCGAUAGUAACAGUGCUCAACUGCGCUUCUACAUCCAGAUGUUGAUCUUGAUGUUCAUGUUCCUGGUGAUCGUGGUGUACCACGCGCGGCUGGUGGAGGUCACGUCCCGUCUGGACUUCCUCUGGAAGAUGCAGGCGGAGAAGGACCUCCGGGAGAUGAAGGACACGCAGAGGACCAACAGACAUCUGCUCAAACAUAUCUUGCCUGAUCAUGUGGUUGCGCAUUACCUGAGCAAGGAUAUAUGUCCUGAUGAGCUGUACUCUCAGUGGCGGGACGAGGUGGGCGUGAUGUUCGCGGGCAUACCCAACUUCCAUGAGUUCUACUCUGAGCAGAAGGCCGUCGACUGCAUGCGGCUGCUCAACGAGAUCAUUUUUGAUUUCGACAGGCUGUUGAUGCAGCCGCGGUUCAAGAGCAUCGAGAAGAUCAAAACCAUCGGCGCAACGUACAUGGCCGCCUCCGGACUCAACCCUAGAUAUAAGACGUCGGACGACGACUGCGAGCACCUUUGCGCGCUGGUGGACUACGCGUUCUCGCUGCGGGAGGCGCUCGAGGACAUCAACAAGCACAGCUUCAACAAGUUCCGCCUGAGAGUCGGCAUAAGCUGCGGUCCCCUUGUGGGCGGCGUGAUCGGCGCCCGCAAGCCCGUGUACGACAUCUGGGGCAACACCGUCAACGAGGCGUCGCGGAUGGAGAGCACCGGACAGAUGGACAGGAUACAGGUCACCAAGUAUACUAAACAGCUACUCGAGCGGUGCGGGUACGGUCUGGAGGCGCGAGGGGCGGUCGAAGUGAAGGGCAAGGGGCGUAUGGAGACGUGGUGGGUGCGGGGCGCGCGCGGGGGGCGGGGGAGCGCCACGCCCGCUACGCCGCACGCGCGCUCGCUCGCCGCGCUCGUGUACACCAUGCUGCAGGCCCGACGCCGGAUAUACACGCACCCGCUCGAUGCGCCGCAGUCGGAAGUUACGGUUCGUCGUUCGGGGCGAUCGCACCGACCCGGCCACCUGCGACGCGCGCACACGAGGCACGAACACACCGGCAACGGCGACGGCGAGAGCAGUAUCCGGCCGCACGCGAGCAGCAUGGUGGCGCGGCGGCCGGACAUGGCGCCGCCCGUGUUCAAUAGCGCCAGCGCGCCGCACACGCCCACCGCCGCGCACGCCGAGCCCGACAGGAUGUUCGCCAACCGCCUCGGCUUGGGCGCCAGGCUCAAAGCUCGCAGCUUCUCCUACCGGACGCGGCCGCACAGGGACAAGUCGCCGAAGGUCAGACAGAACGAGGGAUCCACCAACUCCAUCACAAACGGCACGCCCGGCUCCUUCCGUUUCCGGUCCGUCACCACCGCCUCGUUCUUCCGGAGCCGAAAUAAGGAGAAGAGAAAAGAGUUUGAGAUACGAGGGAACGGUGAUGUGGUUACGACGCGUAUGUGAAGUGUUGAGCUGAAUAGGCUCAUUAUGGUCUAAUUAGGGGCGUAGAUAAAAAGUUACAAUGCGACAAGGCUUUAAAUCAGUGCUUUAAGCUGUGGAUCCCGACCUCCAGGGAGGUCGCGCAGCUUCUGGGGUCGCCGAAGGUUAAAAGGACUAUUAUAUUUAAAAAAAAAUUAAGGAUGCAAUUUAACAGAAUGAAAUCUUCAAAAAUACAUACAGUUUACAUGAUAAAAAAAAGCCAAUGGGGGGUCGUGAAAUAUUUUGUC